AGAAGGGUUCAGAGCGGCCGGUGCGACCCCCGCAAGGAUGAGGGUCACUCCCCGCUAGAGGUGAAGGGUAACGGAGGAGAUUCGCCGACUUAAAGACAACACAUGAGAUCACUCCGCCUCCAGUGAGCUGGACCCUCAGGCUAAAACGCGUGGUCGUCAACCUGGACCCAGGAGGACAUUCUGACCGGCAGACCCACAAUGCUCCCGGGGCUGACCUCAGCGGGGGCUCCGGCCCCCCUGGCCCUCCAGCCCACCCCGGCGGCCCUGCGCCCGGCGGUGGCUCCGGCGGUGCAGCUGGGCUUCACGGCGCUCUACACGUCUCUCUACGCCCUGCUCUUCCUGGCCGUCUACGCCCAGCUGUGGCUGCUGCUGCUCUCAAGGCACAAGCGGCUCAGCUUCCAGAGCGUGUUCCUGUUCCUGUGCCUGCUCUGGGCGGCGCUGCGCACCACGCUCUUCUCCUUCUACUUCCAGAACUCCCUGGAGGCUAACCGGCUGCCCAUGGCGGUGUACUGGCUCUUCUAUUGCUGCCCGGUGUGCCUGCAGUUCUUCACUCUGAGCCUCAUCACCACCUACUUCACCCAGGUGCUGCUCAAAGUGAAGGAUCUGCACCGGGAAGACGUGAACAAACUGAUCUGGGUGACGCGGUGUGCGUACGGCGCCCUGAGCCUCCUCUUCCUGUGUGUGAACGUGGCGUGCGGGGCCCUGGGCGUGCGGGGCGGCGGCGGCGAGGGUCCCGGGGCGGCGGAGCGCGCCUGGAGGCUGGUGCUGGUGCGCGUGCUGGUCAACGACCUGCUGUUCCUGCUGGAGGCCGCGGUGCUGGCCGCCACGCUGCUGCUGCUCAGGAGGCACUCCCGCCCCAACGGGGCCUCGCUCCACCGCAGGUGCCCGGCCCUGUGUGGCACUGCUGCCCUGGGGGCAGCGAUCAUCCUGCUGUUCGCCAGCAGGGGGUGCUAUAACCUGACGGUGCUGGUGCUGUCGCGGAACCAUCGCGCAGAGGCGUACGACCUGGACUGGUACAACAUCUCAGAUCAGGCGGACCUGCGCAGUGAGCUGGGCGACCGGGGCUACCUGGCUUUCUGCACCAUCCUCCUCAUCUGGGAGCUGCUGCCCACCACGCUGCUGCUGGUCAUAUUCCGGGUGCGGUGGCCGGCCCAGGAGGCGUCCAGCAGUAUGGCUGGUCAUCCCAGAGCUCUGCCCAGGCCGUACUUCUUCGACGACCCCCAGGGCAGUGAGGACGGCUCCCCCGCGCCCUGGGCUCACAGCGUGCGGCCGCAGUCCAGCUGGUACGGCUCAGUGACCACCCCUCUCCUGUUCGCCAGUAACCCCCCCGCCCAGGACCACUCGUUGUACUCCACCCCUAACAACUGAGCCUGUUGCCGGGGGCAGGAGAUACAAUCACCGUCAGCACCGCGCUCUGCCUGCAGUACCGCUUUGCACUUUAAACCUCAGGGAACCGCCUCGCUGCCGAACGCACACGUUGUGGUUAAGCUUCGGACCAAAACGGCACGACGGCGAGAGAUAUGUAACUUCUAGGGAACAAAGCAUUAAUUGUAGCUCACUUUUCUGUUCUUGAAGACGUACAUUUUAGGUUUUUCUUACAGUUUUUAAUAGAUAUGUCAAGCAGUUGAACCUUCACUAUUUGUUUUAAAAUUUUCUUUAGUAUAAACCUGGUUUAUGGCUGCCGCUACAUAUUCUAUCAAUUAGCAACACAGCUCAUGUGCUGUUUGUGUGCUCCGAUUCCAACGACUGUAUUGUUGUGGUCUAUCAUAUACAACAUGUUAUCUGGACCCUUUAACUUUUUAAUGAAUCAUACAAUGAGGGGACGUUUCCCAUGAUGCCAUGCCUAACUACCUUAAUACCUGUGCUGUUGGAACUUUCUACUCAGUGUGCUUUAGUUUUGUACUUUUAGAUAAUUAAUAUAAUUGACUUGGUUAUAUUUUUUCAUUUAAAUAGAUUGUAUAUUAUAACUUAUUUUCUAUCAAAGUUAAUGCUUUUUCAUAUCUAUGAAUCUUCAAAUAAUUCCUCUAAUGCACUGCUGUCAUGAGUAAAGGUUUACCUGUUCAACAGGAUGCAACACUCACACAAUGACAACAAAACAUUUCAGUGCGUAAUUCAUUUAUUGCACUGAUAUUUGGGAAAGCUAAAAUGAGAUCCAUGAUCCACAGCGAGUAAGAAUGCAUUACUUUUCUGUGGGAGAAUCUGAAGCAAAUUCUUUUUUUUAAAAAUCAGUGUUGUACAUUCAACACACAAAUAAAGAGCCAGUUUACAAAAUUACAA